AUGAAACACUUCAUCUGCAGAGCAUUUGGAAAAUACACAGUCAAAGCGCCUACAAAUAUCGCGCUUAUCAAGUACUGGGGCAAGUCCAACGAAGACAUAAACCUCCCUCUCAACUCCUCAAUAAGUUUGACUGUCGACAUUGAACAAUUUUUUACACAAACUACCAUUGAAUUAAAUGAUGAAAAAAACCAGCUUAUCCUCAACAAUGAGCCAGCUGAGAUCACAGGAAGAAUUUCUCGUGUGAUUAACAUGCUGAAGUCUCUGACAAAACCAGAAAAUUUAGAAAAAAAAAUAAAAAUCGAGUCUUGCAAUAAUUUUCCGACUGCCGCGGGAAUGGCAAGCUCAGCUUCUGGACUGGCAGCUCUGACCUUUGGACUGGCAAAAGCAUAUAAGGUAAAUAUUAGUAUGGAAGAAUUGUCAGGAAUCGCAAGACUUGGCUCUGGGAGCGCCUCACGCAGCUUUUUUGGCGGAAUUGUCGAAUGAAGUGCAGGUGACUCUCAUGAAAAAAGCAUCGCAAGGCAGCUUUAUGAAAAUUCCCAUUGGGACGAGUUAAGACUACUAGUAAUAUUAACUGAUUUAGAAAAGAAAAAAAUUUCCAGCACAAAUGCAAUGAAAUUAAACAGAAAAAUGCUACUUGAAAGGGCCAAUGAAAGAGUCCCAAUUCGUAUAGAAAACUUAAAAAAAGCUUUAGAAGCCAAAGAUUUUGAAAAUUUAGCUAAAAUUACUAUGGAAGAAAGUGAUGAUUUGCAUUAUGUGAUUGAGGCGGCUAAUGUGAAAUACCUGAAUGCUAAAAGUGAAGAAAUUAAAAAACUUAUCCAUGGCUUUAAUUCACAAGGAAUCCGUGCUGCUUAUACCUUUGACGCUGGCCCAAAUCCUUUUAUAUUGACUAGGAAGCAGGAUAUUAAUGACUUAGUCAGUCAUUUAUUGAUAAGCCUAAAAUUAAGAUCCCACAACGACUUAAAAUUGCAUGGGCAGCUGCCGAAUGAUCCUUUCCUAUUUUUACAAAGCAGUGCAACUAUUCCAGUCUUUGGGAUAAUUGAAAGCAAAAUAUCAAGGACAGGGCCUAUUUUACUUUAA